AGAAACUAUAUGGACAGCUUUGUCUAUUUCCUUUUCCAUGGCCCCCAUGUCUACUACAAUUCAUGGAAUCCACCAAGAAGAACUUAUAUUCUUUGUUUGGCAAUAACAGGUGGAGUUAUCUUUUUGAGGUCGUUUCCUGGGAUAAUUUGUUUGCUUGCUCUUGUUACGUACAAAUGGAGAAGAAGACAUUUAUCUAUGGAUGAUAUGAUCGAAGAGUUCCUUCAAAGCCAAAAUAAUCUGGUGCCAAUAAGGUAUUCUUUUAAAGAAAUUAAAAAAAUGACCAAAAAUUUUAAAGAUAAAUUAGGUGAAGGGGGUUAUGGCUCAGUGUUUAAAGGAAAGCUUCGUAGUGGGCAUCAAGCGGCAAUAAAAUUGUUGGGUAAGUCAAAAGGUAAUGGCCAAGAUUUCAUAAAUGAAGUUGCUUCUAUUGGGAGAAUUCAUCAUGCUAAUGUGGCAAAACUUAUUGGAUUUUGUGUGGAGGGAUCAAAGCAAGCUCUGGUAUAUGACUUCAUGUCUAAUGGAUCUUUAGAUAAAAUCAUAUUUACAGAAGAAAAUAAGAACACUUUGGGCUGGAAAAAAAUGUUUGAUAUUGUGCUUGGGGUGGCUCAAGGAAUUCAUUACUUGCAUCAAGGAUGUGACAUGCAAAUCCUACAUUUUGAUAUCAAGCCACACAAUAUUCUUCUUGAUGAGAAUUUUAAUCCAAAAGUUUCCGAUUUUGGUCUUGCUAAAUUGUAUUCGAUAGAUGAUAGCAUUGUCUCUCUCACUGCGGCACGAGGAACGAUAGGAUAUAUUGCUCCUGAAUUGGUUUACAAAAAUCUUGGAGGCAUCUCAUACAAAGCCGAUAUUUAUAGUUUUGGAAUGUUACUGGUGGAAAUGGUAGGAAGGAGAAAGAAUGUGAAUGCAUUUGCUGACCACACUAGUCAGAUCUAUUUUCCAUCUUGGAUUUAUGACCGAUUAGAUCAAGGAGAGGACAUAGAGCUAGGAUAUGUUUCUGACGAUGAAAAAGUAAUGGUGAAGAAGAUGAUAAUAACAGCCUUUUGGUGUAUACAAUUACUACCUUCUGAUCGCCCUUCAAUGAGUAAAGUCUUGAAGAUGCUUGAAUCUGAUGUUGAACUCCUUGAGAUGCCUCCUAAGCCAUUCCAUCAACUUCCUCUUGAAACAUCAAUGGAGGUUCAUAAUUGUGAGAACUCUAAUGAUGAGACAAGUACACCGUUGGAUAAUGUUACUAUAGCGAGUUCAAAUAUUGCAUAAGGUUAGAAACAUUUUACUUCAUUAUCUCACCUUUUAGCUUAUAUAUAUAUUUGUAUUUUCUUUAAUUACCAAUGUGUUAAGUUAUUGUUCAUAAUUACCAAUUUUCUGUAAUUUGACUAUUUGUUCAAUAUUAAAUAUAUAAAUUUAAAUCAUAACUAAAA